AUGUUUCUGUCUACUCAACUGCUCGCUGCAAUCGCCAGUGUCUCCACCUUGUGUGUAGAGGAGACGACGAACGCAUCUUCAUCGUGGCCGUAUGGUCCUUUCAGCACACAAGGCCGCGAUAUCGUCAACGCAAAAGGCGAGGCAGUGACCUUCGCAGGUGUCAAUUGGCCCAGCAGUGGCGAGACCAUGGUCCCUGAAGGCCUUGAAUGGGCAUCGAUCGAGGACAUUCUGUCGCGAGUACAGAGUGUAGGCUUCAACUUCAUCCGUCUGACAUACGCAAUCGAGAUGAUAGACCAGAUUUAUGAACGAAACGGCUCAGAUGUGGGUCUCGAGAUCACAAUGAUUAAUGGUCUUGGCUAUGAGAAUGGAACAAAAGUGACCAACGAGAUUAUAGCCAAGAAUCCAACCUUCAACAAGGAUACUACUCGCUUCGAGAUCUGGGACCACAUUGCCCAGGUUGCACUGUCUAAGAACAUCUAUAUUCAUCCUGAUGUGCAUGUCGGCAAGGCUCAAUGGUGCUGCAACAACACAGAUGGCAAUGCCUGGUUCGACGACUACAACUUCCCUGUUGCAAACUGGAAGCGUGGACUCCAAUACGUAGCUAAUUGGGCCUCCAAGCAUAACAACAUCGUCUCCAUGUCUCUACGCAACGAACUUCGCAGAGCCAUCAACGAGACCGCUCCUACCUCUUCUCUCGGCUACAACUGGGUAACUCUGGUCGGAAACUACACAGCAGCCACCGAUGCCAUCCACUCUGUGAAUCCAGACCUACUAGUCACCUGGUCAGGAAUGCAAUACGACCAAGACCUAUCCGCCCUGACCCAAGCCAAGAACCUCAACACAGCGCCCUGCUACAAAUGCGACGCCAUUCGCGAUGGCCUGCGCCGCGACCCCAUAAUCUUCGACCUAGCCUCUCACCCCUGGUCCAACAAAGUCGUCUACGAACUGCAUCUAUACAGCAUGUCCGAAGACCUCGAUACAGGCUCCUGCCCCAUCGUCUUUGCCGAACUCUACAAUGCAGGCUUCAACGCAUUAGGCAUGGCACCUCCUCCCGCCUGCAACAUUACCAAAAACUGUUCGCCUGCAGUAAGAGAAACCCCAGUCAUUCUGUCAGAGUUUGGGGCUGCGCAGGAUGUGACGUUGUUUAAUGAUACCUUGAUGAACUGUCUCAAGGACUUUACGGUGCAGAAUAAUGUUUCGUGGGCCAUGUGGAGUUUGGCGGGGAGUUACAGGAUUAGGAGUGGUGCGCAAGGUGUGGGUGAUACUUGGGCAUUGGGCAACUAUGACUGGGAUGGAUGGAAUUAUCCUGAAGGUGUUGAGAAAUGGUGGAAGCCAUGGAUUCGCUCGAUGUUCGGCUAA